ACCAUCACACAGCAAACGUACACGUGAACGGAAUCCCUCUUUCCUAGGAGCAACCAGAGCAUUCGUCCUCGCCUCGCCGCCACCACCGCUCGCUCGCGCGCUCGCUCGCUAACUCUCUCUCCCUCCCUCCUCUUCCGUGGCGAUAGGCCCUCGAGCCGCACACCCUAACCCGUCAACCUAGAUCCCACCCCACUCGCACACACAGACAAGCACAAACACAGCCGCACUCCUCCCGGCGUCCCUCCAUCCCCUCUGUCUCCAUGGAAGCGGGGAGCAGCGGCUGCAGCGCCCGGACGUUGGCGGCGUGCGUCGUCGGAGGCAUCGUGUUGGGCGCCUCGAUUCUCGCGCUCCACCUAGCCGGUCCCGUGGCCAUUGCGAGCCUCCCGCCGGUCGACGGGCUCCGGCGGCGGUUCCGGCGCCGGCGCCGGCGCCCCGUGCGCGUGUACAUGGACGGCUGCUUCGACAUGAUGCACUACGGCCACUGCAACGCGCUGCGCCAGGCGCGCGCCCUCGGCGACGAGCUCAUCGUCGGUGUCAUCAGCGACGACGAGAUCAAGGCCAACAAGGGUCCGCCGGUCACGCCGCUGCACGAGAGAAUUAUAAUGGUCCGGGCUGUGAAAUGGGUAGAUGAUAUCAUUCCAGAUGCACCUUAUGCCAUAACUAAAGAUUUCAUGAACAAGCUAUUCAAUGAGUAUAGCAUAGAUUACAUUAUCCAUGGUGAUGAUCCUUGUUUGCUACCGGAUGGUACUGAUGCAUAUGCCCUUGCCAAAAAGGCUGGCCGAUAUAAGCAGAUUAAAAGAACUGAGGGGGUGUCAACAACAGAUAUUGUUGGAAGAAUGCUUCUUUGUGUUAGAGAGAGAUCAUCUUCCGAUGCCCACAAUCACUCUUCGCUACAAAGGCAGUUCAGUAGUGGACAUGGCCAGAAUAUUGAUGAUGGUGGAUCUGGAAGUGGGACUAGAGUAUCUCAUUUUCUUCCUACAUCUAGGCGAAUAGUUCAGUUCUCAAAUAGCAGGGGUCCAGGCCCAGAUUCUCGGAUAGUUUACAUAGAUGGUGCAUUUGAUCUGUUCCAUGCUGGACAUGUUGAGAUAUUGCGACUCGCUCGAGAGCUUGGAGAUUUUUUGCUUGUGGGCAUUCACACUGAUCAGACCAUAAGUUCAACGCGAGGACGGCAUCGCCCAAUUAUGAAUCUCCAUGAGCGAAGUUUGAGUGUUUUGGCUUGCCGUUAUGUUGAUGAGGUGAUCAUUGGUGCUCCAUGGGAUGUUUCAAAAGACAUGAUUACCACGUUCAAUAUUUCAUUAGUUGUUCAUGGAACAGUCGCUGAGAACAUGGACUUUAUGCAGGAUGAUUCAAAUCCAUAUGCUGUUCCAAUGGCUAUGGGCAUUUACUGUAGGCUGGAGAGCCCUUUGGAUAUCACUACAAGUACUAUUAUCAGGAGGAUAGUUGCUAACCAUGAAGCAUACCAGAAGCGGAAUGAGAAGAAGGAAGCUAGUGAGAAGAAGUACUAUGAGAGUAAAAGCUUUGUCAAUGGAGAGUAACUUAUGAGCAGACCUUGCAUGAAGAUUGUUGCCUAGAUCUUUUGAGAUUCCAAUCCUCCUUUGCAAAGGCAACCGUUGGGUGAUCCGCAGUUUUACCUUUUUCACAGCAUCUUUGAUGUGUUGCUGAUAUAGCUUAGGAAGCGUCAGAUAUGGCCUUGAUGACUGAUGAGUGAGUAGCAGAGGUGACUUGGGCGAGGUUAGAGUCAUUUCCAUAAUUGGCUCAGUCUCACCAGCUUAUUUUGCAAUGUAUAUGGGUUUUUACGGUUGUCAUUACUGGCUGAGUUCCAUUUGAGAUCUAUAGGUUUUUCAGAUUUGUGGUACAGUAUGAAACUUUGAAUGUUAGCCUGAUUAGCUAUUUGCUUCUGA